AUGUCCGCCACCUUCGCCUCCCACACGUUCUCGGCGCUCGGCGGGGACAAGGCCCAGAUCGCGAUCAUCGACGCCUACGCCGGCGACGAGCAGGGCGUCAUGAGGAUCAAGGUCGCUGGGGGCGGCGGAGCCCAGGCCAGGCUGAACCAGCGGCUUGGGGCGGCGGAGCUCCGGCCCGGCUCCGCGGUGACCCUGAGGGCACCUACGACGUCAGCCUGGAGAACAGGGCCGAGAGGAGCGUCCAAACUGCCACGCUCAACGCCGACGCGGGCACCACUCUCAUCGUGCUGCGCGUCGGGUCCGACGAGGUCGCCCAGGAGAUCAUCGUCAGGCCAGCGGGCCCGGACGGGGCCGACGAGUCCCACAGCCCAGCGAGGGCGAAGUCCCACUAUUACCGCAGCGGUGCGGUCCGGCCGGGCCUCCGCCUGGCCGCAGCUGCGGCGGGGGCCCUCCUCGCUGCCCUCGCCGGCGCCGCCGCGUGAGCGGAGCCCCUGCGGCGGCAGGGGCGCCCGCUGUGAGCAAGAAGUGGCGAUGUUUUAUCACUGCCGCAGCCUCCCCGAUCUAUCCGCCAGCAUCGCUGGAAGGACAUGCGCAUGCACUGUUCUGUUCUUCCAGAUCGGGCGUCCUCCCUCCUGGUGCUCGUGCCCCCGCUGCUCCUCCCCGUUCUCAUCCUCACCGGCCUGCUCCUACCUCCUGGUGCCGGAGGAACCUAUCCCUGCUCCCACCUGA